UUGGAGAAGCUGUCCAGAUACUAUCCAUUCUUGAAGUUUGCUGAAGGUCACAUUCAUAAUGCGAAAAAUGUGACCAGGUUAUUGAAUGGCGACGAUGUUACCGAAGAUAUUCCGAUCUCCAGAUUCGUAUUUGAGUGUUGUUCCGAUUUCCGCAAAGCGGUCUAUGAGCAAUUGUUGCGUAUACCAAGAGGAUGCACGAAGAGCUAUGCAGAGAUGGGACGACCGACUGCCUACAGGGCAGUGGCGCAAGCAUGUGGAGCUAAUGUGUUGUGCGUCAUCAUACCAUGUCACCGAGUCAUUGCGUCAAAUGGAACCCUGCAUGGUUACGGUGGGGGCCUGGAUAUGAAGAAAAAACUUCUGGAGAUGGAAUCUUCCCAGAAACGUUUUUCUACAGUCUCACCUUAA